AUAUACCUUAUCUUUCUCUAGUCUUUUCGACUCUCCAUCAAUCAUUCACCCCCCGACAAUGAUUGUUGCUGAUUCAUCUACAAUGUUUGAAACGCGGAAAACCAAAAACCAGCUACUGUGCCGCGCCAAGACUGUCUUUUAGUCAAAGCUAGUAAAUUGUAAUCAAUGCGGCGAGAAAGCUCGUGUCUCUCGCCUUCUCACUGCAACCACUUCAGCAAAUUUUCCUUCUUACACCUCCUUACUUUCGUUCCAUUCUCUCUUUCGUCUCCUUACCACACUCGUUCAGCAUAAUUGUACAGUAAGAAACAUUCGGAACCCCAUCAUCAUGCAUUCAACAACCAUCAGCGUCCUCGGCCUGGCACUGGCAACACUCUCUUUGGCACAAUCGUCCACAAUUUCCCUCUUUAUUCCCGGCGCAGAUUCGCAAUCCCUCGUUGCCUCCAUUGUCGGCUCAGAUGCUACAGCAACGACCUAUGCAUUCCAAUGUGCUCCCGGCACAGACGCCGAUGACUGCGGAUUUCCUGAAGUCGUUACACUCACAGAAGGUCCGGCCAUAGCAGCAUACACCUUCGCUCCUGAAGUAGAUGCCAACGGCACUACUGCUUUUGCCGGUUACGUCGAUUGCUCUCUCGCAGCGUCCAGUGCAGUGUGCGCAAUUUCUGCUGGCGGCACAGAGGCUAACGACCCUGGCCUUGAAACUUCCACUCUCACGGGCACCGAUUAUAGCUACAUGCCAGUUGUAAUUACUGCGGGAGCAUUGGCUUCAAACACAGGAUCGAGCGUCCCUGCGAGCACGACGAGCGCACCCAGCAGUAGCAGCACUGGCGAGACAUCGGGAACAAAGACAUCAGGAAGCAGUACAAAGACCUCGGGAAGUCAGACUUCUAGUGGGACAGCGGCACAAACCUCUGGCUCGUCAUCGAAGACUAGCACGGCUGGUGGGUCUGCGAUUACUGGAGGGGCUGCUUGGAUGGUUGGAGGGGCUGCUUUGGCUCUCGCCGCCAUGGUCUGACUCGGUAUGGGAUUCUAUACUAUAGAACGAGCUUAUAGAUUUGUUAUAUCAAUCGUGUAAGCCGGGGCUAUAUAUAUGUAUAUUACUAAGAGAGCGGGGAAGAAAACUUGGACGAAAUGCACGCAUCUGUAGCGGGUCGAAUGGCAUAUAAAAUCAAUAACGAAAUAUACUAAAGUC